AUGUCGAACAAUGCGAACGAAGCUGUAAAGAAGAGAAGAAAAGGGCGGUAUCACCUCGACUUCGUGGACGAGAGCAUCUUAGCUAAGACGAAACUCGUUCAAGUUGUUCUGCCCAUAGAGGAAGAGAGGACGACAGGAUCAGCAGCACUUCCAGUGCGCUGGAGCUCCGUGGACAAGGAUGAGAGCGUGCGACUGGAGCCAGGAGGAGAGACGGCCUACUGCCUCGGUGGGCAUCGGUCAGUGAGGGCGACGCACGGAGUGAGCGAAGGGACGUGGUUCUUCGAGCUCGAGAUCGUGGACUACAGCUCGAGCGUGACGAGCAGUAACAUGCAAUGUUCUUUCACUAUCCCCAUGUGGCUAUGCUGUAUGGCUGAAGUGUUGGUUGACAGAGGGCCUCCUGACAUGUGCCACUGCCGUGUUGGAUGGGCCAUGGAUCGAGUGCCCUGGGAGGACAUGGAUGCUCCGAUAGGGUUCAGCUAUGCCUACGGAAGUCGAGAGGGAGCAGCCUAUCACAGGAGCAGGGGGAGGGAGUUCGGAAGCAAGUACGGCAACGGAGACGUCAUCGGCUGCCUGAUCGAGCUGCCGUCAAAGCCGCCCAGCCCCAUCAAUCCGAAGCUCUUGAAUGUUGGAAGUCGAUACCACUGCCCUUUGUGGUGCCAUUACUGGAUACCCGAGGAACCGAAUCUUUGCCAAGGGUCAAGGAUAUCUUUCUUCAAGAACGGAGAGCGACAAGGAGACGCGUUUGUCGAUGUGUGGCAGGGGAUCUAUUACCCGGCGGCCUCCUUCUAUUACGGUGGAGGAGCGAAGGCAAACUUUGGCCCCACCUUCCGGUAUCCUCCCGACGAAGAUUUCAGGCCGAUGAGUGACUGUGUGCAAGAGAGACAAGUAGGUUUGUGCUGA